AGUAACGAGAAUAUGGGACACUUCCAUAUUGGAAUUUGUGUUAUUGUUUACUUUCUAUUGAUAUUUAUCACAAUUUUUACAAGAAAACAGGAUGGUUUGUGAGAAAUGUGAGAAGAAACUCGAUCGAAUAGUCACACCAGACACUUGGAAGUCAGGGGCGAGAAAUACAGUAGAGUCCGGUGGGAGAAAAAUCAAUGAAAACAAGGCAAUCACAACAGCUCGACAGAGAUUUAAUCCAAUUGCAAAAACCUUCCCUCCUUGCAGAAUCUGUCGGCAAAAAGUCCAUCAAGCUGGAAGUCACUAUUGUCAGUCUUGUGCUUACAAAAAGGGCAUCUGCUCAAUGUGCGGCAAGAAAAUGAUAGAUGUGAAAAACUACCGACAAAGUGCAGCAUAAAACGGGGGGAAAAAUAGCCAAAGCAGUGCGAAAUUGUAAAUUUUCCCUUUGAAAUAAAAAAUGUAAACAUUUGUCCC